UAGUCAUCUGUGGUAAACAGCUUCUGUAUAGUGAGGCAGCAAUUGCAGCAGGUGCAAAUACAGCCACAAUGCCACGAUGGGAUGUAGAAAAACUUAUUUCCCUCGUCCAGGAGAGGCCGGAGCUUUGGGAUACCCGGCAGAAUUCUUAUAUUGACCGGCAAAAAAAGGAUGCUUCAUGGGAGCAAGUGGCACGGAGCAUGCACCGAAGCGAAUGGGCCAAGGCUGAUAGCCGAGGCCGGGCCGAAUUAGUGAAACAAACCAAAACCCGCUGGGCAAGUUGCCGCGACCAGUUUAGGCGGGAGCUGAGCAGCAAAGGCCGGAGUGGGGAGGGGUCGUCGCGUAAACGGCCCUAUAUAUAUACGGCCCAGUUGCAAUUUCUUCGGCCAGUUAUGGAAUUGAGGCCUACUGUGGACAGUCUGGAUCCAUCCCACGAGUCUGAAUCGUCGGGCAGUGAAACCCCUGGAGUCUUUUCCCCGCAGGCAAGUCCAGAACCAAGCCCGGCUCAGGACCCAGAAGACUCCACGCAGGCUGAGGCCCCCCUACCACUGGCCAGUCCACCCAGGAUUGUCCAGUCUCAGCCCAGACGGCGCCGCCAAGUCCCUCCCUCUACCUCUGGGCCAGAGAGUCGGGAGGUUAUUGAUGCACGCGUCAUCGAUUUUCUGGCCCAGAGGAGGAGUGAUAGCAAGGAGGAGAAGCUGUUGAAGGGACUGGGCACGCUCCUGCAGCAGGUUCCUCCAAACGAACAUCCGGACUGCGUGGCCUCCAUAGCCAUCGUCAUAAAAAUGUUCGCUUGCCCCAACCAUGGGGACAUCAUUGGGCGAUUAAAUAAUAUGCGCAUCGAGGUUGAAAAUGCUGGCCAGCAGCCCAAUCCGGCCCCAUACCAAUUCCCUCCCCAACCCACCCAAGGCCCUUCUUAUGCCCCCCCUCAACAGUACCUUCCACCUCAGGGGCCAAGUCAUUCUGUGGGGCAGCCCCUUUACCAUCCCAGUCUAGCAACUGGGGCACCACCACCGGCCCAUGUUAGGCCACGGUCCUCUUUUCCGCCUGGGUCGUUCUCGCAGGACCUUCUGGAAUUGUAAUUUAUGGUUGCA